AUGCUCUUCAGCCGUCAGCGAACGUUGAUCAAAUGCGUCAAAAGUAAAUUACAUUCGAAACUCCCUGCGUUAUGGUCUCCAGGAACAAUCCACGAAAAAAAUCACGCGGUGGGACUUUAUCAAGAAAUGGAAUGCAACUACGUGCAACCAACUACAAGGAUUUUCUGCGAUUACUACAUCUCUAUCGGCAUCUUAAAGCUACAAAUGACAUCGUUGCCAAUUAGAAGAAAAUUUCUGCGAUGCGAUGCGGCUGCUGUGCAACUGGAGGAAUAUAGGAAAAUGGGC